AUGCAGUUGAGAUCACGAAACAUACCUUCCGCGGGCGAGAGCCCAGCGAACACCUCCUCUCGGUCACGGUGGACGUCUUUGCCACCCGAGAUCCGACUCAUGAUUCUCGAGCAGCUUCAACGUACGAAGUUCCCAGAACAGCGGACCGUGUCUUGGUGUUCCGUGAGCUCGGAAUGGCAGGCCUUCUUCGAAAAGCAAAACUUCAGAUCCCUCAAACUCAUGACGCUCGCAGACAUCCAACGCUUCCAGCGCCUCGUCCGGGACAGACAGCGGCUCGUCAAGCAAGUCUGGCUUCACAUAAUGCUGCAAAGAUACGGGUGCGGCCAGUGCGACAUACCGGAAGCCGCCAGAACAAUCACUGCCAAUAACCAGACAUUCAGCCGAAGGAUACUCGCGCUUUUGACUGUGCUAUCUCAAUGGGACACGACCGAGAGGGAGGGGACUGGUCUGACGCUCAAGCUGAGCGCUGCCUCGCCCAGCGAUGUCGAGCACCGUUUUUCCGAGCGGGGUGCUAACGGCCGAAACCAUCAAGUGCGUGCCCAAUGGUUGAGAUUCAGCAAACAAGGCUCUAAGAUGCGGAGAAUCGGGAGCCUUCUUGAUUUUGAUACCAAAGCCUUCACUCCAAAACUUCGACGACAAGCGCAAGGUGGCCUACCCGCAACGCCAGUCGUCACCGAAUUCGUCAUGAGCAGAACCUCCCACCGCAGUAUGUCCGCCGCGGCGCUGGAAAAGGUCCUGCCAAGUUUCACACGCCUCGAGCACAUCAGAUACCAGCCGUGGCGCGGUGUCGACUUGGACGACCAGAUGUUGCGAGACCUCAGCAACGCCGCCUUGCUCCAGAAUCUGCCGUCCGCUAUCAGCUCGCUAUCCCUUUGGGAAGAAGCCAGUACGCGGUUCCACCACAGGUUCCGUAAGCUAGACGAGCCGACGAUGGACCUGGUGUCGGCCGCAGUCGACGCCAGCCAGCGCCUGCGGGCGUUCAGCGCGUCGUACGCCGUUGACGCGGUGGACUUUUUCCGGGUCGCCCACGGCCGGACAACGACACCAUACUGGCCAGACCUCAAGACCCUUGCUUUCACAUCAAUGAAAGCCUUAUUCGACGUUCGUGGCUCCGUCCUGGCCAACGAUCUUCUCUCCGCGGCGGGGCAAGCGGCCAUGAGGAUGCCUCAGCUGGGAACGCUGGAGAUCUGGAGCUGGAGGGCCGAUGACGGGUUCCGGUUCGUAUAUGAGGUUUCGGAACGGCAGACGAAGCUAAUGAUAGAGUCGUCGUGGAAUUUCAGACCUAGUAGGGAUAUGCUUGAGGUGUGGAGGACGGUAGGGGCAACGCACACACGACAUGAGCUGGAAGUGACCCAUGUAACACUAAGCAAAGAGCAAGUUGCACGGAAGUAUGAGUUUCUUCCACGCCUGCGUUUGCGCAAUUUUAUUGAUGGUCCAUAG